AUGAACAAGAUGUCUAUGAAAUGGUUCUCACUUCUGCUGCCUUUACAGCUGACUUGCUACUUUAGCUCUGGGAGCUGUGGAAAGGUGCUGGUGUGGCCAGUGGAAUUUAGUCACUGGAUGAAUAUGAAGGCAGUUCUGGAUGAACUGGUCAUGAGAGGUCAUGAGGUGACUGUUCUAAUAUCUUCAGCUUCCACUAUUACUGAUGCCAACAAACCAUCUGCUUUUAAGUUUGAGGUUUUCCCUGUAUCUUUAACUAAAGAUGAUUUUGAAAAUGCUGUCAAGAAUUUGAUUGAGAAAUGGAUAUAUAUGGCAAAAAAUUCAUUUUGGACAAAGGUUUCAACAUUUAGAGAAUUGAAAAGCUUACUUUUGGAAUGUUCUGGAAUGCUCAUGAAAAUCUGUAAAGAAGUUGUUUUGAACAAGAAACUUAUGACAAAACUACAGGAAUCAAGGUUUGAUGUCCUCCUUGCGGAUGCCGUUGGACCCUGUGGUGAGCUGCUGACUGAGAUACUUGGAAUACCUUUAGUGUACAGUCUCCGUUACUCACCUGGUUAUUUGUUAGAAAAGUAUAGUGGAAAACUUUCAUUCCCACCAUCCUAUGUGCCUGUUAUAUUUUCAGCGUUAACUGAUCACAUGACAUUCAUGGAAAGGGUCAAAAAUAUGAUAUAUGUACUUUAUUUUGACUUCUGGUUCCAGACAUUUGAUGAGAAGACAUGGAAUGAGUUUUACAGUGAAGUACUAGGAAGACCCACUACAUUUUUAGAGACAGUUGGAAAAGCUGAUAUGUGGCUCAUUCGAACCUAUUGGGAUUUAGAAUUUCCUCUCCCAGUGCUGCCAAAUUUUGAAUUUGUUGGAGGCCUCCACUGCAAACCUGCCAAACCCCUGCCUAAGGAAAUGGAAGAGUUUGUUCAGAGUUCUGGAGAAAAUGGUAUUGUGGUGUUUACUUUGGGGUCGAUGAUCAGUAGCAUGACAGAAGAAAGAGCCAAUGUAAUUGCAUCAGCCCUUGCCCAAAUUCCACAAAAAGUUCUAUGGAGACAUGAUGGCAAGAAACCAGAUACCCUAGGGCCCAAUACCCGUCUGUAUAAGUGGAUCCCCCAGAACGACCUUCUUGGUCAUCCAAAAACCAAAGCCUUUAUAACUCAUGGUGGAACCAAUGGCAUUUAUGAGGCCAUCUACCAUGGGAUCCCUAUGGUGGGCCUUCCUUUGUUUGCUGAUCAACCUGAUAACAUUGAGCGAGUGAAGGCCAAGGGAGCAGCUGUCAGAUUGGACUUGCAAACAAUGUCAUCAAGAGAUUUGCUCAAUGCACUGAAGGAAGUCAUUAACAAUCCUUCCUACAAAGAGAAGGCUGUGUGGUUGUCCACCAUUCACCAUGAUCAGCCUGUAAAGCCCCUGGACCGAGCAGUCUUCUGGAUUGAGUUUGUCAUGCGCCACAAAGGAGCCAAGCACCUGCGGCCCGCCGCCCACGACCUCACCUGGUUCCAGUACCACUCUCUGGACGUGAUCGGGUUCCUGCUGGCCUGUGUGGCAACUGUUGUAUUUGUCAUCACAAAAUGCUUUCUCUUUUGUUACCACAAGUUUGUUAAAACAGGAAAGAAGCAAAAGAGGGAGUAGCUGAAGGCGUUGUGCCCCUAGGUGGAACUUCUCCAGUUUAUUCCAGCACAGAAGUGUUAUGAUGAGCUUCCCCUGUGACAAAACAAUUCACAAUUUAGCAUCUCAGAUCAAAAUUAUUUUCAAGUGAUUUUCUACCUGUUUACAAAUUAG